AUGCGUCCAGCCAAAAGGGGUAAGUCUCAACUGUCUAAGCAGACUGUUGCUGAAUCAUCUCCCCCGCAAAUAGCGAAUGUGCCUCUGCCGGAGAACAGCACUCAGGCGAUAGGCGACCUCUUAGAACGUGGCGCAGAUCUUUGCACUGCGUACUCACAACUUGCCGAUCAACGCACCUCUUUACUCUCUGAACAGUUAGAGCAAUGCAGUAACCACGAUCUUAAGCGCUACUAUAGUCGGCUCAAUGAGGAACUGACUCUAAUCACCCAGAUCAGCUCGAGGUUGCGUGCAGAUCUUAAGUUCAUUGCAGCGCAGUCACAAGGAUUAAUUGUCAUUAGCUCUAAAACCAUGUCUGAUGACCCAGGGCUCUCAUACAGUUCUUCUCCACCCAGUAAGAUGGAUGCGUCUGAUAGAUGUCAUGGGUCAAUGACCGAGUCAACGCUCCAGGCGUCGACGCGAAGGUCCACGCGCCUCACUCCCAGUGAGGUUGAGGACUCCCUGGUUCAGGAGUUUAUUAGAAAAGGUAACGCGCCCAGAUCUGAGGCCGUCAAGUAUGCUAAAAUUGCUAUAUCAUUUGACCCCUCUGGGUAUGCUGUUGGUGGAGACAAGCGGAGCUAUAAAGAAGAGUUCAUUGCAGCUAACUCUGAAAAAAUUAGGUUACACGCAAUGUUGCGAGAUUCGGAAGCAGAGGUACAACGCUUGAGGAGCUUGGUUGAGCAAGCGCCAUCUGAAUUAGAGACAAAGCAGCUCAGAGCCAAGACUGCUAUACAGGAAGACAAGAUUAACUCUCUUAGAUCAGUUUUGUCAAUCAGGGAUGCAUCUAGGACUCGUGACAGCGUUGGUGAGAGUGCCCCUGCAUCUCGUCUCGACCAUGAUUUGGUGGAUGAAUUAACUAAGGAGAACAUGGCUUUAAGAAUAGAAUUGGAUAAUCAGAUCUCUAUUGCUAAUGCUCAGAAUAAAACACACAAGCAAGAAGUUAGAAAGUUGCGUGAAAAGAUCAGUGCUAUGCAAAGUCAAGCGUCUCAGGAAGAGAAUAAGCCUCAGUUCAAGGAAGCCUCGACCACACCUCAAGCUUCGGGGCUGUUUGAAUCUACUCUGGGUUGUGAUACCGGGUAUCCUUGUUCUGAUGAUGACUCUGUGGACAAGAGCUAUGUCGCUGAGCUUGAGGAUGACUUGACUCGUGCGCUAUCUCGCAUACAAGCCUUAACGGAGGAGAGGAACGCCCUUCAGGCAGAUCUGAAUAACAAGCUUUCUGCCAAGGCUGAGACUAACCUUACAGCUAACCAAGUCCAGGAAUUGGCUGCAAACAACAUGAUUCUCUCUAACGCUUUAACUGCACAGCACCAGCAGCUGACGGCUGCUUUCGCUGAGCUGAAUCAAAAGAACGCCGAUCAGCUUGUCCUGCAAAAUACCAUUCAACAGUUGACAGCUCAGCGUGAUUACAACUCUCAAGCAAUACAGGCGGAGAUGAGUUCAAAACUAGAUGCACAGAUCAAGCUAUACACAGAGCUUAAGGCUAAUUAUGAAAGUGCAUUGGAGCUUAUACAACAGCGCGAUGACACUAUUCUUCAGAUGUCAAAUGAUCUUUCCUCAAAUGAUAGGGUCACCAUGCGCUGUGAUAGAGACAAUGCACGGCUAGAGCUUAAGGAGUGCAACCAGCAGCUUACUGAAACAAAGCGACUACUACAGAUGGUCACAGAGGCCAUGGGGUAUGAAGGCGGCUUCCCAACCACAACUGAUGUUGAGCUUUGCGUUUCUCAGCACCAAAGGGACAAAGAAAAGAAAACAAUGCUAGAAACUGAGUAUGCCUUGGCAAAACGAAAAAUAGAUAGUCUGGAAAAGGAAUUGGCUGAGCUUAAGUCAAGUAGAGACAGUCUGCAAAGCGCUAUCCCCCCUAAGGUAACCCCGGCCAGUGCUAUUUCCGCAGCUAUUGCAGGUAGCAAUGAAAUCAUUACUCCCCAGGAUGCACAGCGAUGUAAUACACUAUCUAAUACUCUCACAGUUGCCCAAGGAAUUCCUGGAAGUGCGACUGAUUUGAUUCGUAGCAUGCGGGUCACUGGGGCCGACUUAGCAUCGUUUCGGACUUCUUCCGUCCGUACCACCAACAAAGCUGGGGUCGCAUAUGCAAGUUGUGAAAUUCUCAAUAGUUACACGCCGUUAAUGAAAGCAAUCAUAGCCGGAAAUAACAGUGCGGUUUCACAAACUAUUAGCUUCAUAGGAAAGGCGGCGCUUGACGGCACAACAGCCCUCAUGCUAGCCGCAAUAUAUGACAAUAAAGAGGCGGUAGAGAUAUUAGCACCCCACGAAGCGAUGAUGAAGAGAAACGACGGAGCCACCGCGCUUAAGUUGGCUUUGCAGACACGACACCUAGGUCCAGCAUCGAUCCUGCUUAAUUAUGAGGGACCUACACUUCCUAAACAAUUGCCGGGCUAUCCACGUGAGGUAACUGCUUUGAUGAAGGCUGCAGAGUUAGGUGAUGUGGUGCUGGUAUUUAGCUUGCUCGCUUCUCAAGCUGGGGCGAAGGAUGCAGAUGGAAGGACGGCUCUGAUGAGGGCUGCACGAGCUGGGUUUGCAGACAUAGUGUGGUUGCUAGCUCCACAGGAAGCUGGAAUGCAGCUCAUUAACGACACAGAGCUUGGCCCGGGCUCAACCGCACUGAUGCUGGCUGCAAAUCAAGGACACCUCGAGUGCGUGAAGCUUCUAAUUGCUAGCGAGCGAAAGUAUAAGAAUAAUCUGAACUACGAUGCUCUUUUCUAUGCUCAGAGUUCUGCAUCUCAUGUCUCCCCGGAGGAUAGAGCUUCUAUCAUCGCUUUGUUAGAAGAAGGGUCUGGCACCCACUAA